AGCCAUCAACAUGUAUAUAAAUUGAGCACCCGAGGGAACAUACUCAAAAACAUUGUUGUAACUUAGAAUCCCCCAUGGCUUCUUCACUAGUAGGACUAGCAAUUGAAUCACCUCUACUACUACUAUCCCUUCUUUUGCUCCUCCCCCUCCUCUUACUACUACUAAGGAGUAAAAGAUCCUCCAAUAGAACCAAUCUCCCCCCUUCCCCUCCUAAGCUCCCUUUCAUAGGCAAUCUCCACCAAUUCGGUUCGCUCCCUCAUCGCGCUCUCCACGCUCUUUCCACCAAGUAUGGCCCCCUCAUGCUUCUCCGCCUCGGCGAGAUCCGAACACUUGUCGUAUCGUCUCCUGACACGGCUCGCGAGAUCAUGAAAACUCACGAUCAAAUCUUCGCGAACCGCCCUUCUCUGAGGUCCGCGGAGAUCAUCCUAUAUGACUCGAUGGAUUUAGCUUUCGUACGCUACGGUGAGCAUUGGAGGCAAAUGAGGAAGCUAUGCAUAAUCCACUUAUUAAGUGCUAAAAGAGUGCAAUCAUACAACCAAGUGAGAGAAGAGGAGGUGGCCAUCAUGAUCCAAAAGAUCACUCAAGUCUCUCUCAAGCCAAGUUUGGUGGAUUUAAGUGAAAUUCUAUACUCCUUCGCAAACGAUAUCGUUUGUAGGGUGGUUUCGGGGAAGUUCUCUAGAGAGGAAGGGCGAAAUGAGCUAUUCCGCAAACUUAUCGAGGAGAAUGGUUACUUACUUGGGGGGUUCUUUGUGGAGGACUAUUUCCCUUCACUAGGAUGGUUGGAUAAGUUCCUAAAGUUGAGCGCGAGGGCGAAGAGGAACUUCAAGAGAUGGGAUAAGUUACUUGAGGAGGUGAUCAAGGAGCAUGAGAGUAGGGAGAAGGUUAAAAAAGAUGAUGAGGAGGAGGAUUUUGUGGAUGUGUUGCUCACUCUUCAAAAAGACCCAAACAUGGAUGUUGCUUUGAAGAGAGAGCACAUUAAAGCACUUUUACUGGAUAUGUUUGCAGCAGGAACAGACACAACAUACAUAGUCCUCGAAUGGCUCAUGGCGGAGCUUGCUAAAAGCCCUAAUGCAAAGAGGAGGUUACAAGACGAGGUGAGACGAACCAAAGCUACCAAAGGUGGCAUGAUCGGAGCCCAGGAUUUGAACACGAUGAGCUAUUUGAAGGCCGUGGUUAAGGAGGCACUGAGGUUGCACCCUCCAGCUCCGCUACUGCUUCCUCGAGAAUCAACACAAGAUUGCUAUGUGAAAAACUACUUCAUUCCGCAGAAAACGCGGGUGAUCAUUAAUGCUUGGGCCAUCAAUCGAGACCCCGUUCUUUGGAAUUCACCCGAUGAAUUUCGUCCCGAGAGGUUUCUCGACAGUUCUUCGGUAGAUUUUAAAGGAAAUGAUUUUCAGUUCAUUCCUUUCGGUGCGGGUCGAAGGAUUUGUCCUGGGAUGCAAUUUGCAGUGUCAACUUUAGAGCUCGCGGUCGCGAAUCUUGUAUAUAGAUUCGAGUGGGAGUUGCCUCAUGGCUUGAGAGAAGAGGAGUUUGACAUGAUUGAGGCUCCUGGAUUGACUACAAGGAAGAGAGAAAAGCUUAUGCUUGUGGCUAAACCAUGUUGCAUAUAGAUCAUAUAUACGUACGUAUACCAUGUAUGCAUGAAUAAGAUAAGAGAAAUGUUGGUCUCUCUCUCUUUUUUUUAUUCUAGCUCUUAAAGAUCUUAUGAUUGAUUAGUUUGGACGCUAUUAUGUACUCUGCUACUACGUACUCUGCAAACUUGUAAGGUUUGUUUAGAAUUAUGAAAAGUUUGCAGUACAUACAGUACAUGCAGUAAAAAAGUACGAUUGAUGAAA